UGUUACUUUUCCAUGGUCGGAGGUAACGACGAAGAUAGAAUAUAAUAUAACGAUGCAUAAGCUGUAAUCACCUGCAGCUGAUCCCCACCAUAGUAACACUACUCCAUCUUUUUCAGAUCCCAAAACCCUUAACAACAAAUCCACAGAACUAAGCAAGCUUCACUAGAAGAACCACACCUUAAGCUCCAUCAACAGUAGCAAUGGAUGCUCUGCGCAAACAAGCCUUUAAGCUCAGAGAACAAGUUGCCAAGCAACAGCAGGCUGUGAUAAAGCAAUUUAGUGGGACUGGUUAUGAAAGCUCAGAUGUAAUGGUGAUAGAUGAGAUUGAAUUGCAGAGACAUCAACAACUUGAGAAACUUUAUAGAUCCACUCGUUCAGGAAAGGAUUUUCAGAAAGAACUUGUAAGAGCAGCAGAAUCCUUAACAGCCAUAGGAAUGAAACAUAUUGAAACAGGAACCAAACUGUCUGAGGAUUGUUGUAGAUAUGGAUCCGAAAACAUCGAUGACUACAUAUUGGCAAAAGCUGCAUCUAUAUAUGGUGAUGCCCGCAAGCAUGUGGAAAAAGAACAAGAAGAAUUUAACAAGCUGCUUUCUUUACAGGUUUUAGAUCCACUGAGAGCCAUGGUCAUGGGCGCUCCUCUUGAAGAUGCUCGUCAUCUUGCUCAACGAUAUAGUCGAAUGAGACAGGAUGCUGAGACACAGGCAACUGAGGUUUCCAGAAGACAAGCAAGGGUAAGGGAAGCACCUAUUCCUGAAAAUGUUGCAAAGCUGCAUGCAGCGGAGGCAAAAAUGCAAGAACUUAAGGCAAACAUGGCAGUUCUCGGUAAAGAAGCUUCGGCUGCAUUGGCUGCUGUUGAAUCGCAGCAGCAGAGAUUGACUUUCCAAAGACUUGUUGCGCUGGUUGAAGGAGAAAAGAAUUAUCACCUGAGAAUCGCUUCUAUUCUUGGUGAUGUCGAAGCUGAGAUGGUGGUAGAGAAACAGCAUAAAGAGUCGGCUCCUCCUGUGAUUCCAUCAGAUAGUUUCUCCGACAAGACAUACUUCUUGGCCGAGGCGGUGCAUUCGUUUACUGCAGCUUCAGACAAAGAGUUGAGCCUAGCUGUUGGUGACUAUGUUGUUGUGCGAAAGGUGACUCCGUCUGGUUGGUCGGAAGGAGAGUGCAGAGGCAAAGCCGGGUGGUUCCCAUCUGCAUAUGUCGAGAAGCGCCAGAGACUUCCGACGAAUUCUACUGAAGUUUAUUGAUUUGUUCUUCGUAGUUCUAAUGUUGUUCACAUUCAUUUUUUUGGCCUUCAUUUCAAUUCAAAGUUUACAGAACAUAAUAUGUGUAGUAUGUUUAUGUGUAUAUUCUUUCUUGUAUACAUUCAUUCUUUUUGGGUUACUCUUAUUUCAAAACACUUGCAAAAAUGUGGAAAAGUUUGUUUCUUUGGUAA